AAGCGUAGACUUGUUGGCACUUCGAAAGUAGACUUGGAGUUCGAAACACAAAGUUUUGGUUUUUUUCGAGACGGAAUUGAUAAAUGAUUUCUACAUAUAGCUAGCUAAUUGCAAAGUGAGCAGCAAAGAUGGUGCUUCACCUUGAUAAAGAGCAUGCACUGUUGGAAUGGGUUAACCACCUGAAUGUGGACCUCCCGGUGCGGAGCAUCAACAAUUUACAGGAUGGCGUUUUGUUGAUGAAGCUCGUCUAUAAACUGAGAAAGGAGGAGCCUCCUCAGUCCUACCUGGACCAGCAUGUCCAGGAGAGGCUGAAAGUGGUAUCUGACUUCCUGCAAGGUGACUGCAGGUGCAGCACAGAACGGGGAACUCUCAUCUCCUGGGACAACAUCAGCAAUGGCGUAAACCUGGAGGUGGAGUUAUCGAAGGUGCUUGUGCUCUUGUACUACCAUAGUGUGAUCAACAGCCAUGUUGACCUGAACCAACUGGAAUACAAGUUUGAGGUUGAGCUUGCCUCCAUGCUCCGCUUUGUUUUGGACAAUGAGAAUAGCCUCUACUUGAGCGAGAACUUGGAGAAAUAUCUAAGAAGGAAGCCCCUGUUUAGUUUCAACAGUGACAUCUCCAGUACCCCCUCCUCCUCCUCGUUCAACGAUGAUGAGUCCCCAGUCAUCCAGCGCAGAAAGAAGAUUGGUUCAGUUCAGUUUCUGGACCUAAAAACGGUUGCGUCCUCGUCUGUCAGUUCUCCCCUGCAGGAUGUGAUGAACACGCCACAGUUCCAGCUGAAGAAGCUGCAGAGGCAGCUGCGUCAGGAGAGAGACGUGAGGGAUGAGCUGGAGAAAGACCUGGCCACCAGCGCCACCACCCUCACCCAGAGAGAGAGUCAGAUCUGCCAGUUGCAGCACCGUAUUGAGAAGCUGCUGAGGGAACAGGCUGAGCAGGAGCAGGAGCCCCGGGAUGAGCUACAACAACUGCACAGCAAGAACGAGGGGCUGCGGACCCGUCUCCAUGAGGUGCUGAAGGAGUGCCAAGCGCUAAAGACUAACUCAUCUCAGAUGGAGCGGAAGGUGGAUAAUCUGACAGAGGAGAAUGGCACCCUCUCUGUCCAGAUGCGUGAAGUGAUUGCUCGGUUGACAAGUGCUGAGGCUGAGGUGGACAGGCUGACUGAAGCCCAGGACUCUGCUCAGGGGGAGUGGAGCAGCAGACACUGCCACCUUCAGGCUGAACUCAACCGGGCCACCGCUCAGAAGGAGUUUCUAAGUGAACAGAUGCUGAUCCUGCAGAGCAAGAUCUCCUCUCUAGAGGACGAGCUGAGUAAAGCCAAGCUGCAGGAAAAAGGAGAAGUCAUGGGCCCUAUCAUGGAGUGGGAGCAGCUGAAACAGGAGCUGGCUGAUGCCACCCUCAGGCACUCAGAGUGUGAGUGCACCAUCGCCCGUCUGGAGGGGGAGAAGGAGCAGGCUGCCGCCCUGCAUGCCCAGGAGAGGGCCUCGCUACAGGCAGAGAGCCAGAGACUGCAGAUCCUGGUGACUGAGCUCCAGGAAGCCCUGAGUGCUCUGCGGGCCGACAGAGAGGCUCUGGAGCUGGCCUCCAAGGAGGAGAGAGAGUCCCUGACCGCCCAGCUUCAUGCCCUGACCGCUGAGGUGGCCAGCCUUACCCAGACUGUACAACAAAGGGAGCGGGAGGUGCAUGCGCUGGGGGAGGAGGUGCAGGAGGAGUGCAAGCAGAGAGGGGAGCUGAAUCUGGCUAUGGAGCAGCAGGAGAGGGAGGCCAGAGAGGAGAUCCAGGAGCUGACCAGCCACGUGGAUAACAUGGGUGCCUCGCUGAGGAGGGCUGAGGAGGAGGUGCAGGUCAGGGAGAAGCAGCUUACCAAGCAGCAGCAGGAAAGCGCUCUACAGAGGGAGGUCCUACAGGAGCAGAUGGCUGCAUCUGAGAAGGCAUUAAGAGAGCUGAAGGAGCAGGAAGAGGCUGUUAGAGAGGAGGCCACUCGACUGCACCAGGAGAUCACUACACAUGCUACGGACCUCUGCAGCCUGAGGGAGGAGCACACUGCUCUGCAGGAGCACUUGGCUAGGCAGCAAGAGGAGAUCUCCCUAGAAAAGGAGGCGCAGGCAGCAGCCCACAGGGAGAAGGAGGCGGUGGUGGAGGAGGAGCUCUCACGACUCCAGGAGGAAGUGAGGAGCCUGGGGGAACAGAUGGCCCAGCUGGAGGAGGCUCAGAGGGAGAAGGAGUGUCUUCUCCUCCAGGCCACAGAGAACAUAGAGGCCCUCCAGACAGAGAGAGCCACUGCCUCGUCCCUCGCUGCAGCCAAAGACCUGGAGCUCAGCAGCCUGAGAGGGGAGGUGAGGGCCAGGGAGGAGCAGCUAGCCAAGCAGCAAGAGGAGCACAGUUUACAGCAGGAGGCGCUACAGGAGGAGCUUGCAGCUCAGGAGAAUGAAAUCAGUAACAUGAGAGAGCGGCUCGCUGGCCUGAUGGACCAGAUCUCCCUGCUGAAGGAGGUGUGUCAGGAGGGAACCCUCCAAAACAAGGAGGCGAUGGAGGCCCUGAGAGAAGAGCACACUGCCCAGUUGGAGCAGCUGCAGCUAGUGAAGGAGCAGGUGGAAAAGGUCCAGGAGAGGAAUGAGGAGACCUCUGUAGCUCUCAAGGAGAAGGAGGAGAGCCUCAAACAGAAGGAGGAGAGCCUCCGGGGGCUGGAGGAGGAGCUACAAGCCACCACCUCUCUGGCCUCCCAGACACUACAGGAAGAACUGACCUCACUCAAGGAGGAAGUCAUCUCGCUGCAGGAGGAGGUGGAGAGGAGGCGUGCCGCGGAGGCCCUGGCAGUUGAGGAGAUGAGGGAGGUGGCUAGGGAACAUGACUCUAAACGUAUGGAGCUGGAGAAGAGUGUGUCAGCCCUACAGCUGCUGCUGGACUCAGCCGUCCAGAACAGUGAUGUGAAUAGACAGAAGUGUGAGAGGCUGGAGCAGGAGCUGGAGCAGAGAGGAACACUGGUGGAAGAGCUGAGGCUGCAGGAGGACAGCGCCAGACUGGAGGCCACUCGACUCCGCCAGGAGAUCUCUACACAUGUCAGCCAUCUGGAGGAGGUGCAGAGGGGGAAGGAGGAGCUGGCCAAGCAGCAGGAGGAUCUGAGAGGGGAGGUGUCCCUCCAUCAGCAGAGAGCUGCAGAGCUGCUGCAGAGCUUGGAGGAGAAGCAGGAGGCCCUUAGAGAGCUGAAGGAGCAGCUAGUCCAGCAGCAGGAGGAUGGGUCCCUACAGAAGGAUGCUGCAGCCCUCCAGGAGAAGGAGGCGGUGGAGGCUCUGAGAGGGGAGGUGGCCCUCAAUCAACAGAGGGCUGCAGAGCUACAGCAGAGCCUGGAGGACCAGGAGGCUGCGCUGAGGGAACUGAGGGAGCAGGAGAUGAGCAGAGAGGAUGCCACUCUGAAGAUGGAGGCCCUCCAAGCAGCUAAAGACCUGCAGUUCAGCACUCUGCGAGAGGAGGCCACCGCCUUACAGGAGCAGCUAAUUAAGAGGGAGCAGGGAAUCUCCCUUCAGAAUGAGGCGCUGCAGGAGGCCCAGAGGGAGAAGGAGGCACUGAGAGAGGAGCUGGCCAGGCAACAGGAGGAGCUGAGAGAGGCAUUAACUCUCCAGCAGGAGAGAGCUCAGUCCUUAGAGCAGAGGCUGGCGGAGCAGCAGGAGACCACUCUGGAGAUGGUGGCCCUCCAGGCAGCUAAGGACCUGGAGCUCAGCACCCUGAGAGAAGAGGCCACCCAACUCGAGCAGAGGCUGGCGGAGCAGCAGGAGACCACUCUGGAGAUGGUGGCCCUCCAGGCAGCUAAGGACCUGGAGCUCAGCACCCUGAGAGAAGAGGCCACCCAACUCCGCCAGGAGAUCUCCACACAUGUCAGCCAUCUGAAGGAGGUGAAGAGGGAGAGCGAGAGCCUCCUGAGAGAGGAGCACACUGCCUUACAGGUGCAGCUGGCCAAGCAGCAGGAGGAAAACUCCCUACAGAAUGAGGUGCUGCAGGAGGCCCAGAGGGAGAAGGAGGCACUGAGAGAGGAGCUGGCCAGGCAACAGGAGGAGCUGAGAGGGGCAUUAACUCUCCAGCAGGAGAGAGCUCAGUCCUUGGAGCAGAGGCAGGCGGAGCAGCAGGAGACCACUCUGGAGAUGGUGGCCCUCCAGGCAGCUAAGGACCUGGAGCUCAGCACCCUGAGAGAAGAGGCCACCCAACUCCGCCAGGAGAUCUCCACACAUGUUAGCCAUCUGAAGGAGGUGAAGAGGGAGAGCGAGAGCCUCCUGAGAGAGGAGCACACUGCCUUACAGGUGCAGCUGUCCAAGCAGCAGGAGGAAAACUCCCUACAGAAUGAGGUGCUGCAGGAGGCCCAGAGGGAGAAGGAGGCACUGAGAGAGGAGCUGGCCAGGCAACAGGAGGAGCUGAGAGAGGCAUUAACUCUCCAGCAGGAGAGAGCUCAGUCCUUAGAGCAGAGGCUGGCGGAGCAGCAGGAGACCACUCUGGAGAUGGUGGCCCUCCAGGCAGCUAAGGACCUGGAGCUCGGCACCCUGAGAGAAGAGGCCACCCAACUCGAGCAGAGGCUGGCGGAGCAGCAGGAGACCACUCUGGAGAUGGUGGCCCUCCAGGCAGCUAAGGACCUGGAGCUCAGCACCCUGAGAGAAGAGGCCACCCAACUCCGCCAGGAGAUCUCCACACAUGUCAGCCAUCUGAAGGAGGUGAAGAGGGAGAGCGAGAGCCUCCUGAGAGAGGAGCACACUGCCUUACAGGUGCAGCUGGCCAAGCAGCAGGAGGAAAACUCCCUACAGAAGGGAGCGCUGCAGAAGGUGGAGGCCGCAGCCCUCCAGGAGAGGGAGGCACUGAGAGGGGAGGUGUCCUUCCAUCAGCAGAGAGCUACAGCGCUACAGCAGAGCCUGGAAGAGCAGGAGGCUGCUAUGAGGGAGGAUCUAGCCAGGCAGAAGGAGGAGAUGCAGGCUGCAGGCCAGGUGGAGAAGGAGUUGAUGGAGGAGGCUCUGCUAACCCGGGCGCUCCAGGCAGAGCAGACCCAGAGAGAGCUGGAGGAAAGCAUGGCUGAGCUGCGAGCCCAGGCAGAGAGCAGAGAAAGUGGCCAGAGACAACAGCUGGAUGCCCUGCUCCUGGAGAAGGAGAGGCUGACGGAGGGUAACCAGGUCCUGGAGAUGAAAUGUAGUGCUGCCCAGAGGCUGGAGGGUGUACUGCAGGAGGAACUGGCCUCGCUGCGAGAACAGAUGGAGGGAACAGAGGAGUGGGAGAGGCAGAACAGAGCGCUACAGGAACAACUUGCUACCAACACCGAGGUAGUGGAACACUACAAAGCACAGGUUGAGAAGGCCAAGAGCCACUACUCGGGGAAGAAGCAGCAGCUUGCCGAGUCUCAGGAGCAAGUGAUGGAGCUGCAGCGCAGCCUGGAGGUCAGAGAGCAUGAGGUCAGUGCCGUUAGCGCGGAGAAGAAGCUGCUGCAGAAGGAGCUGGAGAAGGCCAGGAGCAAGGAGAAGAGCCUCAGCUCCAAGGUCAACACUUUGGAGGCACAGCUGGCGUUUGCUGACCGUCACCUUCGGGAGCAGAGCCAGAAGAUGAGAGGGGGUAGAGGGAGUGUCUACCUGAAAGUCCCCCUGAGCCAGACGCACCAGGAGACCAGCGGAGACAGCCUGGACCUGAGCCUGGAUGACUCCCUCAACAUUACCACGAGGCCGUCGGGGCCUGAGGAGUCCAGUACUCCCCUGGUGCGUAGCUCGGAGCGUGUAGCUGCUAAACGUCGUGCUCUGGGAGGGGAGUCACUGGAGACGCUCUACUUCACCCCCAUGAAUAACCGCCAGAUCAACAGGACUAGUACUGAGUGCCGGUUAGAGAGCAGCAUCACGUCUCUGGGAGAGCUGGCUCUGGACUCAGCCAGGAAGAGAGCACCCACCUCUUCAGCCAGACGCCGCAGGACCACCCAGGUCAUCAACAUCACCAUGAGCAAGAAGACCCCGGGUCGCGGAGGAGCCGUUGGGGAUAGUGACAAUGAGACGUUCUACAGCCUGGCCUCCACCCGCUCCCAUCCCAACCUCACCGGAACACACACCGCACGACCUGUCUCCAUGGAGAUCUUCGACACCCCCGGAAAGCCUGCUGUUGCCUUGAGCGAUCAGCUCCUCAGUCUCCCUGGAUACCGACGAAGCACCAUCCACGUUGCACCUCCACAGAGCACGGGCCAGUUCUGUGUGGGGGCAGAGAAUGAGCCAGAACAUGCUGCUGAUGACUGGAUGCGCAUCGCUGAGCUGCAGGCCAGAAACCAGUCCUGUCUGCCGCACCUAAAGAGCAGCUAUCCUCUGGAGUCCAGGCCCAGCCUGGGACCGGCGUUUGAGUUCACCGAUGACGACCUGCGCAUGGGCGACCCCACGGAGACUAUCCGUAGGGCCUCUGUGAUGCCCGGUCAGAUUCAGGAGUCUCUGUCCUCCCACCGGCUCUCCCUCCACCAGGGACAGACCGACAGCAGCACAGCCACCAGGCCAGCCUACGGCUCCCACCGCCUCUCACUGAUGCCCCCCAAACCUAAAGCCAGCAGUUCCCUAAACAACCAGAACACACACAACCUCAGGGGGAGCAACCUGUCACUCAAACGCUCAGCCAAAGACCAGGAACCAGACACACCUGAGGCUAAGAGGAUGGCAACCAGCUGUUUCCCGCGUCCUCUUACCCCUAAAGGAGGUCGUUUCGGCUCAUCCAACAACCGCCAGCCCCUUAGCCCUGCUGAGCGGAGACAGUCCAUGGUGUUCUCCAUUGACAACACGCCCCAUAAGGCAGCCUCCAAGAGUGGCUUCCUACAGAGAGGCAUGAAUAAGAUCCGGAGCUCCACACGUAAAUCCCCAGGACAUGCCACACGCAAGUCUCCAGGGAACAAAAGCUCCCGUGUCCCACGGUCCGGAGAAGUGAAGUCUCCCCGCAGUGUGAAGUCCCCCCAGCCAGGAGGGAAGACACAGAGGAAGUCCCCACGGACCAACAGCAGCAAGUCCCCAAAGAACCCCACCAGCGCACGCAAGGAACCUGAGGUGCUGGUUGGAAAGCCGAUUCAUCUGAGCAGAUGAACUUCAGGAUGAAGAUGUGAAUGAUCAUACUAAACACACGUUUUCUUUUUGACAUAAUCUGCCAAGAAUAAUCAUUUAAUUGUUUUUAUGUGCAAUAAAUACAAGUAUACUUUCACCAGAGGUUAUAUUAUAUUUGAGUUAGAACAUAGUGCUAAUUUGGGUUUUAAUCAUUUUUUCUUUUUGAGAUUUAAAAUCUAAUCUUCAUGGUUUUAUUUGACCUCCUUGUAAUGAUUUAAAGAUGCAAUUGUAUUCGUUAAGCCCUGUUCAAUGGGUUGGUAUCCACUACUGUUAUAGGUCACCUACAUGUAGACCUGGUACAUUAAAUCAUCAUGGUGUUCAGAGAUUCAUCAUGCUUUGUCUUUAUUUCAUCUCAUCUUCUUUGGCUUUUUUAAGUCUUUUGUCUCCUUCUUUUUUUAGCUUUAAAACGUAUUUUUGUAUCAUAUUUCCAUGUAUUGUCUUUUCAAAUAAAAAUGAUAACUAUCAAAUA